UGAGCAGAGGGGGAGGAGAGAGAGAGAGAGAGAGAGAGAGUUUCAGUUACUCAACUUAGCUCCGAGCAUGGAGAGUAGACGCCAGGCUGCGCUACAGGGCACCGUCUCAGCCCGACACUGAGAGAGGUCGGAAACUCCAGCCUUUGAUGUAAUCUCAACUCCUGCAACCUUUGAGGUGCAAGGAUGCCUCCGGCAGUGGGAGGACCACAGGGGCACGUUCCUCCGGAUGGUGGAUGGGGCUGGGCCGUGGUGCUUGGGUCCUUCAUCUCCAUUGGAUUCUCCUACGCUUUUCCCAAAGCCAUCACCGUUUACUUCAAAGAGAUCAAGGAUAUCUUCAGUUGCACUGACAGCCAGGUGUCAUGGAUCUCUUCCAUAAUGUUGGCAGUGAUGUACGCUGGAGGUCCUAUCAGCAGUAUCAUGGUGAACAGGUAUGGUAGUCGGCCCGUGGUGCUACUGGGUGGAUUGCUGGCCAGUUCAGGCAUGAUCAUCGCUUCAUUUUGCAAUAAUAUUGUGGAACUUUACUUCUGCAUUGGAGUGAUUGGGGGUCUCGGCCUUGCUUUCAACUUGCAGCCAGCACUGACCAUUAUUGGGAAAUACUUCUUCAAAAAACGGCCUCUGGCUAAUGGGAUCGCCAUGGCUGGCAGCCCAGUGAUCCUCAGCACACUGGCACCUCUCAACCAAUAUCUGCUCGACAACUACGGAUGGAAAGGGGGCUUCCUGAUUCUGGGAGGAAUCCUGCUGAACUGCUGUGUAGCUGGGGCUCUCAUGCGCCCCAUCAGCUUUCCAUCCACGCCUGCCAUAGUAUCGGAGAGCGUCAAGCAAGAGGAGGCAGUGAAUUCUAAGCUCCUGAAGAGUGAGCCAGAACCAAAACGUAGUGUCUUCCAAACCAUCAACAAAUACCUGGACCUGUCACUAUUCAAGCACAGGGGCUUCCUGGUCUACCUGUCCGGCAAUGUCAUCAUGUUCUUCGGACUCUUCGCUCCUCUGGUUUUCUUGUCUUCCUAUGCCAAAAAUAUGGGGAUUGGUGAAUAUAACGCAGCCUUCCUGCUCUCAAUCCUGGCCUUUGUGGACAUGUUUGCCCGGCCAUCCAUGGGACUCCUGGCCAACACCAAGUGGGUGAGACCAAAGAUCCAGUACUUUUUCUCUUUUGCCGUGCUGUUCAACGGCAUCUGUCACAUCAUGAUGCCAUUGGCGUCAGACUACACCGGCCUGGUGAUAUACACCAUCUUCUUUGGCUUUGCUUUUGGCAUGCUCAGCUCUGUCCUGUUCGAGACCUUGAUGGACAUGGUGGGAGCCGUGAGGUUCUCCAGUGCGGUGGGGUUGGUGACCAUUGUGGAGUGCUGCCCUGUGUUAUUGGGACCUCCACUUCUAGGGAUGUUGAAGGACUCAUACGAUGCCUUUCACUAUGUGUACAUCGCCUGUGGAGUGGUUUUGAUUGUCGCGAGCAUCUACCUGUUCAUUGGCAAUGCUGUGAAUUACUGGCUGUUGGAGAAGGAGAGACAAGAGGAAGAGGGGAAGUCGAAACAUGAAGCGACGAUCGAUCUGAACGAGACCAAUGCGGACACUUCAAAUACAAGCCCCAACGCCACAGACGGAGGCGGAGAUCAGGACACAGUUAUUUGAGGCUGGGAAGGACCUGUCCGUUUCUUUUACGACAUUUUAAUAUUUUUAGAUUCCUGCCAGCUUUGCUCUUCACUCUUUCACACCCAUGUUUCUGGAGAAAUGCAGUGAAUGAUUGCCGGCGCGUCAAGGUUGGGGAAUAUUUAUUGCGAGGGCAUAAUCACCUGUAAUGACUUUCUCCACCCCUCUCCACUUCCCCUCUCUCUAUAGUCAAACACUCAAAUCAUCCUCCGAUCCCAAUCCUCUGGCAUUGUACUCGAGCCUCGAGCCUAGAACUAAGCGGUGAUUUCCUGGACUCGAUCCAGAGCAAUGGCGAGACUCAACAACAAAAUUACCUCGGAAUUAAAAUAAUUGCAUUUUAAUUUUUUCCUUUGCACUCUUGUAUCGCACACUUAUGCCUGGGCGCUUAAAAGGUUUUGUUUUGAAACCUGUCCUAUUAAUAAUUGGCAACAUAAUCCGUUCUGUCUGGAUGGGUAAUGGGGAGGAAGUGGUGGAAUGACAGUGAUUAUGGCUGGCCUGUUGGUGGCUACUGGUGGAUUAUACAUCCCCAAGUCUAGCUAGCUCGUCCACUGUAUCCUGGGUGAUACUGUAGCCUGUAUCCUGGGAUCUGUUGGAUAGGACAACUGGAUGAUGGGGUAGGGAGCGUGGGUGAGCACAAAUAUUCAGCAAAUAGCUGUUUUGCAUUCCUUCCAUUCCAGCUCUACAUUGCUGAUCCAUACGCUAACUUUGUUACCUUGCACUUGUAUCCUUGUUUCACGCCUUGCCCAAGAGUUGUGGCUGUCCGGAAACAGGCCAAUCCCACGAACACUAACAUUUUGAGCUCGGCGACUCGCUGAAUUCCAAGCAUCUAUUGCAGCCUUUCCCCAAACGCCCGCUGUCUCCUGAGAACAGUCCCACCUCGUACGCACCUCUUACGUGGGUUCUUAGCGAUGGCUUCAGCCUGACCUUCCCUCACAUUGCUGAGAUUAUUCUCACGCCGUCACCCUGAUCGUCCGUUCUUCCCGCCCCGGGUCAGAAUGGGUCAAUGAUAAAACCAGCCAUAGUAGCAGGGACCCUCGCAGUAUUCAUCACUGAACCCUCAUGGCAAAUGCACCCCCCCCCCCCCCCCCCCCCCCCCCCGUAACUGCAAUCUCAGGCUAAUGGUCAUGAAUAAGGAAAAUGCUGAAAAUUGCAUUGAAAAAUGAGAAUUGUGCUUUAGCCACAUACACUACUAAAGAAGGAUGUUGGACACAGAGUUGAUUCAGAGUGCAACAGCAAAAUCGAGUUUCAACCAGACUGGGAUUGGAAUCUGUUAAGAAUCCUGCAGCUGGGUGGAGAGGGGAGCCAAGAGUCCCAGGUCGUGGACUGGAAUGUGAGUUGUAGAUAGUGUGGGGGGGGGGGAGGGAAUGGGGGAGGGCAUUAAUGGGAGUUCAUGCACUCACCUUAUCUUGUUAAGUAAUGACCCUGAACUUUAUAGUGUCGACUAUUCACUUAGUCAGAUCAUGGAGUCACAAGUAAGUGAACGCGGUUUGAAUGGAUAACGUUUCUGACCUUUGCUCGUGGAUUGUGAGAUAAUAUUCUCUGCUCUGGUUGGAUGGGUACUUGAAGCCCCAGGAUUGCUGAGUUGCUACUAGUCACGUGGAUUUAUAAAGAAACUAUGGAAAUGA